UCGAGUGGCGAGACAAAGCACGAACAGAUCUAGACACAGCGAGAGGUCAUUUUCCUUUUUGAGAUAAGGAGGUAGCUUCGUCGCGGCUGGAGGAGAUGGCGGUUACGAUCGCGUCCGUGAAGGCGAGGCAGAUCUUCGACAGCCGCGGCAACCCCACCGUCGAGGUGGACGUGGGCCUCAGCGACGGGAGUUUCGCCAGGGCGGCCGUGCCCAGUGGCGCAUCCACUGGAAUAUAUGAGGCGUUGGAGUUGAGGGAUGGAGGAUCUGACUAUCUUGGCAAGGGUGUUCUUAAGGCUGUGAACAAUGUAAAUAGCAUCAUUGGACCAGCAAUUAUUGGAAAGGACCCCACUGAGCAGGUUGACAUUGACAACUUCAUGGUCCAGCAGCUUGAUGGAACCUCCAACGAAUGGGGCUGGUGUAAACAAAAGCUUGGAGCAAAUGCUAUUCUCGCGGUGUCACUGGCAGUGUGCAAAGCUGGAGCUAUGGUGAAGAAGAUUCCUCUUUACCAGCACAUUGCAAACCUUGCUGGAAACAAAACUGUGGUGCUGCCUGUACCUGCUUUUAAUGUGAUCAAUGGAGGAUCACAUGCUGGAAACAAGCUUGCCAUGCAGGAGUUCAUGAUCCUCCCAACUGGUGCCUCCUCAUUCAAGGAGGCCAUGAAGAUGGGAGUUGAGGUGUAUCACAACCUGAAGAGCAUAAUCAAGAAGAAGUAUGGUCAAGACGCUACAAAUGUUGGGGAUGAAGGUGGCUUUGCACCUAACAUUCAGGAAAACAAAGAGGGCCUUGAACUGUUGAAGGCAGCUAUAGAAAAGGCUGGCUACACUGGAAAGGUGGUCAUUGGAAUGGAUGUUGCUGCUUCUGAAUUCUUCAGUGAGAAGGAUAAGACUUAUGAUCUUAAUUUCAAGGAGGAAAACAACGAUGGUUCAAACAAAAUCUCAGGUGACAGCCUGAAAGAUCUGUACAAAUCCUUUGUUUCUGAGUACCCUAUUGUGUCCAUCGAAGACCCGUUUGAUCAGGAUGACUGGUCCACCUAUGCCAAACUCACUGAUGAGAUUGGACAGCAAGUGCAGAUUGUAGGAGAUGAUCUUCUUGUUACUAAUCCCACCAGGGUUGCCAAGGCCAUCAGUGAGAAGACCUGCAAUGCUCUUCUGCUGAAGGUGAAUCAAAUCGGGUCUGUGACUGAGAGUAUUGAGGCUGUUAGAAUGUCCAAGCGUGCUGGAUGGGGAGUGAUGGCAAGCCACAGGAGUGGUGAGACAGAGGAUACCUUCAUUGCUGACCUCUCGGUUGGCCUAGCUACGGGUCAAAUUAAGACAGGAGCCCCCUGCCGUUCUGAGCGCCUGGCCAAAUACAACCAGCUGCUCAGGAUCGAGGAAGAGCUUGGUGCUGCGGCUGUCUAUGCCGGAGCAAAGUUCAGGGCACCAGUGGAGCCCUACUAGACCCUGCCUUCUUAGAACCUGAAGAUGAGCAUGUGUUCUGGUGGUGCGACUUGUUCGCUGCAGCAUUUUAAUACAAGUCUGUAUCAUUACAAUAAGAGUAUGUCCUCGUGUACCAUGAGAGCUUGCUGUGUCAUGUGCUUAUGCCAUAUCACCAAUGGCUGGACAAAUCAUACUAGUGGUGAUUUUGUCGUGGAAUUUUAUAUGGCUACGGUCUAACUUUUUCUGGUGGUUUUGAUGAGUGACGAUCUGCACUCGUAAAGUUUUUGCCCAAACGAAACUCUGAACAGUUUGGGUUGUGUCA